AUGCCCACUUUGAACCUCUUCACCAACAUUCCCGUCGACCCUGUUAUUGCUUCAGACAUUCUCAGGGAUGCCACCAAAGCCGUUGCAAAGAUCAUUGGAAAACCCGAAUCUUAUGUGAUGAUUUUGUUGAAUGGUGGAGUGCCUAUUGCAUUUGGUGGGACUGAAGAGCCGGCUGCCUAUGGAGAACUGGUAUCAAUUGGGGGUCUUGGUCCUGCUGUUAAUGGAAAAUUGAGUUCUACUAUUGCAGAAAUCAUUCAAACUAAGCUGUACAUUGAUAGCUCCAGAUUCUACAUCAAGUUUUAUGAUGUUGAGCGCUCAUUUUUUGGGUUCAAUGGCUCAACCUUCUGA